CUCUCUCUCUACACUGUAAACUAAACCGCCACUACGAUGCUCAUCUCCUCCUCGCCCUCUCCCCAGAGCCUCCUCUCCACCACCGCCGCCGCCACCGCCACCGCCGCCACCGCCACCGGCAACCUUCUCCUCUUCUGCUUCCUCUCCUCCUCGCCUCACAAGCCCCACGCCGCCUGCAAAUGCAGCUCCCCCUCCCCCAAGCCCCUCUCCCUCGCCGGGUCCGGCUCCGGCUCCGGCUCCCUCUCGGCCCCCGCCCCCGGCGGCGGUCCCCUCCGCCACGUGGUUCACGGCGGCGCGCCACCGCCGGACGAUGCGGAGCGGCCGCUCCUGCCCUCCGCCUCCGCCGUCGCGUCCGCCAUCCGCAGGGCCUCGAACUCGCCGGUGGAGUUCGCGCAGAGGGUCGAGCGGGACCAGAGAGGCGGCCUGGUGCUCCCGAGCCCCGAUUUCCAGCGGCUCUGCUUCGAGCAGCUCGACCUCUUCCGCCGGAUCGUCCAUCCCGAUGCUCUUCUCUCGGUUUAUGUGAGGCCGGCUGGUAGUUAUGUGAUGGACCGCCUGGAGCUGCGUCGUGUCACUUCUCAUCCGGUAUGCAAGCUGAAUGCGUCUGACAUUGUUAUUUUGGUUGGCACUUUCAACGUUCCGACUGGAUUGCGCGCCGCGGAAGCCGCACUUUCUAACCAACAAGUUGAAGAGAUACCGGAGUCUAGGGCCGUCGUAUUUCCGAUGGUGAAGCACCCCUUUGUGGUUGGAUUCUUGGUUGCUGAGUUUCCGACGGCGGAAGAGCAGGACACUUUGCAUUCGCCAUCUCCAGAGGAUGCGUAUGCAUUGCCGCCUUCAGGACGUGACUUGAAAAUGAGGGAUGUUCCGAGUGUAAACGAUAUAAAACUCGGAAUGCGCCGGUUGAGUCCUGAGCAGAGAUCGAUCGCGGUCAACAUCUCCCGUUCUAUUGCAAUGGCCUACGUUAUGGAUCAGAAAGCAAUGUUGCUCCAGCAAUCUUCCUGGCAAAAUAACGUCCGGAUGAGCAACUUAGUGGAGCAGAUUCGCGGUCCUCUAUCGAGCAUUCGAACUUUGACAAAAAUGUUGUCUCUACACAUGGAACGAAGUGAGAUUUCCCAUGACAUUGUUGAAGACAUCUUGGUGCAAGGUGAUCGAAUGCGAGAUACUCUUCAACAACUUCAGGAUGCAGUAUACUUUACAAAGGCUAACAUAAUGCGGUACAAUGAAGAAACAUUAAAGAAAAUGGAUAACUCAACCUAUGCCCAUCCUGGCUCUGGAAGAUCUCAAUUGGCAGAUAAAAUGCAAAGCGAAUUUUCAAAAGGUGAUCGGUUCUCUCAGAAUUCUGCUGUGAAAGAUCUAGAGUUGCCUAUGCCACCUCUUGCUCUUGCACCUCUUCAACAACAUGGAAUUAGACCGUGCAAUGUUUCUGAUGUGCUUUCGGACCUUGUUGGUGCCAUAAGACCUCUUGCCCAUAAACAGCAACGUGUGGUAGAACUAAGUGAACUUUCACAACCCUUGCAAGUUGCCAUAGAAGAACCUGCUUUCCGCCAGGCUCUGAGCAACUUAAUCGAGGGUGCAUUGUUGCGUACGCAUGUCGGGGGAAAAGUUGAAAUAGUGUUAACAGGAGCACCAGCAGGUGGUACUCUCGUGGUAAUUGAUGAUGAUGGGCCCGAUAUGCAUUACAUGACACAGAUGCACUCACUGACACCAUUUGGAUCAGAUCUUUUCUCCAAAGAUAUGGUUGAAGACAACAUGACGUGGAACUUUGUAGCGGGGCUCACUGUUGCUCGUGAGAUACUCGAGAGCUACGGUUGUGUGGUCCGCGUGAUAUCACCGCGGACCCCAGAGGCUGCCCUUGGUUCUGGUGGAACUCGCAUCGAGCUAUGGCUUCCCUCUUUUGCAUCUGUAUCCCAUCCAGAUAACCCUGCACGGGAAGUUCAGCAAGAAUGAAUCUGGUCUCCGUGGUGCAAAUCUUCUUCCCCCUUAAUAUUAGGAACCGAUAUGGGGGGUUUUGCCCUUCAACUGCUUCCCGCUUCGGAAAUAUGCGGGAGGUCCUGUACAGGAGGUUUAGUCUUGUUCUGAUAUAGGCAGUGACAAACUUGCAUAAUAAACGUGCUAUGUAGGAAAUUCGAAGCUCACCGUUCAGUCGGAAACCCAUAGAUCAUACCGCAUGUGGUAUAUAGUGAUGUGAAAAUCAAAGAAGGCGAUGUAUUGAGCCAGUUUAUGUCUGUGCCAGUUUUGCGAAACUAGAAAGUCGAAAUUGCUCUGCCACCAUUGUUAUCUAAUGAGGUGGUCAAGCUUGGUUGUUGGUUGUCAUGCUGUGAGAUCUAUACUAAAUUAAAGAAGGGCAGAUUGUGGUAUUGGCUUUUGAAA